AGGUGGAGGCGGGGCUUCUGCCCGAUCUUGAAGCCGCCCGCGGAGGCCGGGCAGGCGGGUCCCGGCUGGCGAAUCCAUGAGGUCGGGGCUGCGGACCCUGGCGGCCCGGGCGGCCCGUGGGCUUCGCAGGCUCUGCGCGCGCCCGGCCAGCGGCGCCCCGGCUGCCCGCGCCGGCUCCGGGGCCACCGUCUUCGCGCUGAGCUCGGGCCAGGGCCGCUGCGGGGUGGCGGUCAUCCGCACCAGCGGCCCGGCCAGCGGCGCCGCCCUCCGCAGCCUCACGGCGCCCCGGGCCCUGCCCCCCGCCCGCCGCGCCUCCCUGCGGCUGCUGAGCGACCCGCGCUCCGGGGAGCCCCUGGACCGCGCGCUGGUGCUCUGGUUCCCAGGUCCCCAAAGCUUCACGGGGGAGGACUGCGCCGAGUUCCACGUACACGGGGGCACCGCCGUGGUCAGCGGCGUCCUGGAGGCCUUGGGCAGGGUGCCCGGGCUGCGCCCGGCCGAGGCAGGCGAGUUCACCCGUCAGGCCUUUGCACACGGGAAGCUGAGCCUGACGGAGGUGGAAGGGCUGGCGGACCUGAUCCACGCGGAGACCGAGGCCCAGCGGCGCCAGGCCCUCCGCCAGCUGGACGGGGAGUUGGGGCAUCUGUGCCAUGGCUGGGCCGAGACCCUCACCCAGGCGCUGGCCCACGUGGAGGCGUAUAUCGACUUUGGCGAGGAUGACAACUUGGAAGAGGGCGUCCUGGAGCGAGCUGACAGCCAGGUGCAGCGCCUGCAGGCGGCCCUGAGCGCCCACCUCCAGGACGCGCGGCGGGGCCAGCGGCUGCGCUCGGGGGCGCACGUGGUGGUCGCGGGGCCCCCCAACGCCGGCAAGAGCAGCCUGGUGAACUUGCUCAGCCGGAAGCCCGUGUCCAUCGUGUCCCCCGAACCGGGGACCACCCGCGACGUGCUGGAGACCCCCGUGGACCUGGGUGGCUUCCCGGCGUUACUGAGCGACACGGCGGGGCUGCGGGAGGGCGUCGGGCCGGUGGAGCAGGAGGGCGUGCGGCGAGCCCGGGACAGGCUGGAGCAGGCCGACCUCCUUCUGGCGGUGCUCGAUGCCUCAGACCUGGCCUCUCCGUCCAGCCGCGACUUCCUGGACACGGUGGUGGCGCCCCUGGGAGCCCGCGACCCCCGGGAAGGCGGCCAGCGCCUGCUGCUGGUGCUGAACAAACGGGACCUGCUGGCCCCCGGGACCCCGCCCGCAGCCCUGCCCGCGGCCCUGCCCGCACCCCUGCUGCUGUCCUGCCUGACGGGCCAGGGGCUGGACACGCUGCUGGCGGCGCUGAGGACCGAGCUGGCGGCCCUGUGCGGGGACCCGGGCGCAGGCCCCCCGCUCCUGACGCGGGCCCGCCACCGGCACCACCUGCAGGCCUGUCUGGACGCGCUGCGCCGGGCCCGGGGCUCCUCGGACCUGGCGCUGGCGGCCGAGGCGCUGCGGGCCGCGCGGGCUCACCUGGGACACCUGGCGGGCGGCGGCGGCCCCGAGGAGCUGCUGGACGUCAUCUUCAGGGACUUCUGCAUCGGCAAGUGACGACCCCGGCCCAGCCUUGGACACCAGCGCCGGGCGCCAGGAGGCCCGGGGGACAGAACCCAGGACCACCAACCACCCUCGGGGCUCCCCCCACCCCCGCCCCCAGGCUCAGAUCUGUUUUCCUGGAUUUUAAUUUAUUCUGUAAAUGUCAAAGGGGGGACAGAAAGAAAGCAAGCAAG